AUGUGGAGGAAGGCUGCAGCAGUUGCUCUGCUGGCCCUGGCUGUGGGAUUCUUCUACCACACCGAUCCAGAGCUUCCAGAGCGCAUGCUGCAGUACCUGUCCCGCUCCCUGCCCCUUCCCUCCCCUCAGGCUGACCUCAACACCCCAUCUCUGGAGGAGGUCAUCGCCAGUGCCUGGCAGACCCUUAUCACGGCACCGGCACGGCAGUGGAGCCGAGUUGCAGUGGGAGUGAAUGCCUGUGUGGACGUGGUUGUGUCAGGAGUGGGCUUACUCCAGGCUUUAGCUAUUGACCCAGGAGAGGGUCGUGAUCAUGAUGUGCUGACAUCCAAAGAGGACCUUAAGGAGACCUUCAUUCACUUUAUGGAGAGAGGAGCUGCAGCGGAGCGCUUCUUCUCCGAUAAGGAGGUGUUUCAGCGGAUCGCACGGGCUGCCGCAGAGUAUCCCGGAGCUCAGCUCUACGUAGGAGGGAAUGCUGCUCUCAUUGGUCAGAAAUUGGCCACAUACCCCCAGCUAGUGGUUCUCCUGUGUGGACCUGUUGGGCCCAAACUGCAUGAAUUGCUGGAUGACCAGAUUGUUGUGCCCCCUGAGUCUCUGCAGGAGAUGGAUGAAUAUCACCUUAUUCUGGAGUAUAAAGCUGGAGAGAAGUGGGGGUCGACGCAGGCGCCCCAAGCCAACCGCUUCAUCUUCUCCCACGAUGUGUCCAACGGGGAGAUGAGUGCUCUGGAGACGUUUGUGGCCAGUCUGGAAGAGUUCCAGCCUGACCUGGUGGUUCUGUCUGGGCUCCACAUGAUGGAGGGCAUGGGCAGAGAGCUAUGGGAGGACAGACUCAAAGAGGCAGUGGUGGCCAUCUCUGAUGUGAGAAAUGAAAUCCCUAUUCAUCUGGAGCUGGCCAGCAUGACCGACCGGGAGUACAUGAGCAACAUCAUGCAAGAGCAGGUCAUUCCCAUUGUCAACUCCAUCGGGCUGAACGAGCAGGAGCUGCUCUUCCUGACGCAGGUCGGCAGUGGCCCUCACUCAGAGCUGGUCUCCUGGGAGGGCGUACCGGACGUGGGCCGUGUCAGCGACAUCCUCUUGUGGGUACUGGAGCGCCACGGCCGCACCGACCCGGAGUCGGAGGCCGACCUGACCCGAAUCCACUUCCACACGCUGGCCUAUCACAUCAUCGCCACCGUUGACGGUCACUGGGGGAACCAGGCUUCGGCGGUGAUGGCGGGAGCUCGCGUGGCUAGCAGCCAGGCGUGUGGCUUACAGGAGGUGGAUGUGACUAAGGUGACGCUCAAAGCCCCGGUGCAGUUCCACAGCUCCUACCAGGAGCCCAGGGAGAGCCUCACUCUCAACCCAUCCAACCCAGUCACCCUCUGGCACCGGGGAAACGUGACCUUUCACCUCUCGCCGGUCCUUGUCUGCAGACAGCCGCUACGGACAGUCGGGCUGGGAGAUGCCAUCUCGGCUGAGGGACUGCUCUACUCGGAGCUUGCGUCGCAGCCUUAGGA